GCCUGUAAACGACGCAUACGUCAGCGUGGCCACUAAACCGCCGGCUGAGUCGACAUUAAAAAAGUUUUCGCUCGGCGCUGGGUGUGUAAUACAACAAAUGCGGACCAGAAAAAAGAUCGUAGAAGUGGCCUCUUCUUGAGUUGGCUUUAUCAGGUUGCCCUGACUAGACCGAUCCCAUCGCAACAAUACCUGCCAACUGAACGAGGCCGUCUGUGCUGUGCCGUGUGCGCCGCCGAAUUCCGAAAGCCACCAUGAGCUGGUUCAGGCUGAAGCGUAAAGACAACAAACGUAGUGUCGACUCCGGGGUGAUUGAAGAAAUUGGACAGCCGUUUCAAGUGUCUCACGUUGUUCACGUCGGCUACAAUCCUGCAACGGGAGACGUGGAAGGACUGCCCGAGCCAUGGCUGAAACUCUUGCAACAUUCCAACAUUUCCGCCAAGGAACAGAGCAAGCACCCAACUGCUGUUCUACAAGCCCUAAAGUAUUAUCAACAUUCCAUAAAAAACAAGAAUGGUGUGGCCAAGUUUCUGGGCACAAAGGAAACCGUGGAACAAGAAUCAAAAGAGAUUGCAGACACUGUUCCAGAAAUGAGCGAUGAUGAAGGCCUUGAUGACCUUGACGAACAACCAGAAGAGGAAGUUGUACCAUCAAAACCACUACCCGCGUACGAGGACCAGAAACCCCCCGUCGCUCCACUCGCAUCUCCAGUUAUGCGAAGUAAACGAGAAGAAGCGCCCCGAGUGUCUGAAGAAGAGGUCAUGUUGCAGCUCCAAAACAUAGUGAAUCCUGAAAACCCAAGAGAACGGUAUUCAUUAAUGAAUAAAGUGGGCUCAGGGGCAUCAGGCACAGUGUACACAGCAACAGAUCGCCGAACGCAGCGUAAGGUAGCUGUGAAGACUAUGGAGCUGGCCCAGCAGCCCAAGAAAGAGCUGAUCCUGACCGAGAUCGAGGUCAUGCGGCAGAACAAGCACCCCAACCUGGUCAACUUCCUGGAUGCCUAUCUGGUCGACGGAGACCUGUGGGUGAUCAUGGAGUACCUCGAAGGUGGGGCUCUGACGGACGUCGUGUCGGAGACGGUCAUGCGUGAAGAGCAGAUGGCUGCUGUGUGCCUUGAGGCGACACGAGCCAUUGCGUUCUUGCAUUCUCAGGGCAUCAUCCAUAGGGACAUUAAGUCUGACAACGUGCUGCUUGGUAUGGAUGGUGCGGUGAAGGUGACCGACUUCGGUUUUUGUGCCCAAAUCCGUCCUGAUGAGAAGCGGCACACCAUGGUGGGCACACCUUACUGGAUGGCACCAGAAGUGGUCACUCGAAAGCAGUACGGACCCAAGGUAGAUGUCUGGUCAUUGGGAAUCAUGCUGAUAGAAAUGAUGGAUGGUGAGCCUCCUUACCUGAACGAGACUCCCCUGCGAGCCCUCUACCUCAUUGCGACCCACGGCAAGCCUCACAUUAAAGAUCGAGAACGGCGCUCCCCUCAGCUUAUAGAUUUCCUCGACCGGUGCCUUGAGGUGGAUGUUGAGAAGCGUGCCACAGCACAGGAGUUGCUGGAACAUCCGUUUUUGCAGAAGGCAGCCUCACUCUCAACCAUUGUGCCUCUGAUAAGGGCCGCCAAGAAAGUGCUCAACAAGGCCUGAUUGAAGACGUCUUUUUUUACUAGACCAACAAUCGUUAGAUUGACUACACUAGCUGCAACAGACUGUUUGACAUGGCAAUCACAGUUCCACGGGUGCCAUAAUUCCAGGCCAUUUUUAUAGAACCACGAAGCACCGAUUUGUCUUUUAGCUGUGUGUUGUGAGACCGUGGUGUCCUUAUCACACAUUCAUCCGUGAUUUCAGCAUCCUGCGAGACAGGCAAGGGAGGCCCGUGUUCUUUGUCUCAAAUAUGCAGGGCUUCCUUCUCUUCAUGUGCCUUCUUUUGAUCCUCAUUAAACUAAUGUUUCGUAGUUGUGACCGCAGUGCUAGCCACUGCCAAGCCGAACAAUUGCUCAUCGAGGGAGGCUUGAUAACUUAAAAGAAUUAAAACACCUCAUCGUUUUCUUUAAAUUUGUAAUUGGUUUGCUUUUGCCUUUUUCGUAGGAUUGAUUGAGGUUCCGCUAGUUAAGUUUGGACCACUGUUUUGUUAUGAGUCGGUCAGCUGCAAAGAAAUGUGUGGAAGUUUAUGCAUUUUCUAUUUGUUUGCCGGUUUUUGUGAUGACCUCUGUGCGAAGACGUUAAAGCUCAUCUUGUACCAGGGCUUCAUAUGGCAUUGAAGGCCUCAUGUUUUGGUGAAAAAUUUAUGAAACUUUUAUGCGUUUCUCAUGUUGUUUUUAAUCAAGGAUGAAUAGAACUCUUUACUCGGUGCUUGAUGUUCGCACAAUGCACAUUUUAUAUGAGAGUAAAAUUCCGAGCUCGGGAAACGAUUGCUUCCAUUGAGUGCAUUCCUCUAUACUGUAGCAGAGUCUCCUAUGGUUUUUGUUCAGAUUCCUCAUGUGUCCAAUCAUUUGUGAACCUUCGUCUAGCUGUCCCUCUUCCUCAGUAGUAGUACUCGAGAGUAAGAUGAAUCUAUGCUAACCUCGCCAUGGAAGUUUUAUCUUAACAGUUCAUCAUGCUACCACCACUGCUGCCAAGCUUUACAGGGUUGCUGUGAUCAUUAAAGCAGCUGUGUGCUAUUAUUAUUAACCUUUGUCACACAAUCCUUUCGGCUGUUGUUUCACUGACUCACAAAUGUGUUGGCCAGACACAUUGAAGCAUUUGUUGCACGCUAUUUAAAAUAAUCUGCUUGUUCUAUCAAUUGCACUGUGUGAGUACCGUCAUUCCUGAAAAACUAGCAAUAACUUUUGAGUCUUGAUGAAUGUGCUAUUGCAUGAUUACGUCAGUUUGUGCGCAUUUGAAGAAGAAUGAAAGAUGAUGCGUCGUGGGUGCAACAAGCUAGUGCGCAGUUUAUCCUGUCGGUACACGGUAGGGAGCGUCGGCUUUGUUGCCAUAGCGUGUCUUGCCAUAACAGAUGUCUGAGAGGCCUCUGGCAUUGGAUUAUUCUGCCAGUGUCAAUUCCUGUUGGCUCAUUGGUGGACUUGCAGCGAGUAUUCAGCAAAGUGUUUUAGAUUAUGUUUGAUGAUUUGAAAGGUGAUUUGUCCUCAUGAACCCUUACUGCCCCGAUGGCGACGUAUUGCACGGCAAUAGAAGACUCUGUUCUUUUUUAUGUAUGAAUUUCUGACUGUUGACUUUCAAUUGUUUCUUGGAGGCCAUCUCGAAAGAAAAAGGUCACACUCUAGUCAAACUCGCUGGCGUGCAGCGAGCACUUGAGUUAUUUUUUUUUGCUGUUUCUAUGCAAUUAUGUAUAUUUUGAUCAGAGAAAUAUUUUGUGUAUUCCAAUUGUGUAUUUUUGAUACCUUUGUAAAAAAAUAAUAAAUUUUUUUAUGCCAGUGUCA